GCCAGUUCGAUUGGGUAUGUUGGGAAAAAAAGAACCCCGCCGGUUAACCCCGUUAUCCAAACACCCAUGACUUGCACCUUGUCACAGUCAGUGCGGGUACCUCUCCAGCUAUCAGCUGCAGUUAUCUGUUUCGUCAUGUUAUAUGAAAAUUCUCCUGUGAAAAGAUCGAUCGAAUCCAACUCGGAACUUUGAUUAUACAGCACCCUCAGAAAUCUCAGCCAGUUGCACAGGAGCCAUCUUCAGGCUAGUCCCAAGAAUCCUUGCUCUCAUUACCUAAAAAGUCUGGAUCAUAACAAGAUGUCCAUUGCAAGCAUAGCGAUGAAGGUUCGGAAAGAGAUGAGAAAAUGGUGCGCUGAGGUCAACGCACAGUGGACUCAGGUCCCAUUCCGGGUUUGUUAAAGCCUUAUUUCCUAUAGGUAAGUAUAGGUACAUCAGACGACCGCUUAAUCUUGAAGCCAGUUUAUCAAAACAUUAAAAGAGGUAUUUUACUAUUCAACUCGACAUACAUAUACAACGUUCACAUUACUAGCCACGUCAAUUUUGUUGUUCUUGAGCCCGGUUUCUGUCCUAAUAGGUGAUCGUAAUUGUAUGUAAUAAGCUUCUUCUCACAACGAUUCAGAAUGUCGACUCGCUUGAAAUACCAGGUUUCUACGCCACACAGUUACCAAUGCAUAGGUAGUAUCAACUCAGGUGGGAUAAUAUUCUAAUCAGUUCGCACACUCAUUGCUUUACAUAAACCAUAAUAGCGGAUUAUGAGUCCCUCAAUACGUUUUAUUGGUUGUCAUCCAUCGCAAAUACUAUAUUAUAACACUUCCUGGCGACCUUACACCGCCUUCUUGUUUAGGAACUUGGGACAUAUUUUGCCGUAAAUAAUCCUGGAGCUCUACAAGCACUGACUGACCUGAGCUCUCCGCAAUUCCUCAGGUACCGACCUAGAUGCCCUAGUAGCCAAUACUGCAUUCGACUCGACGACGGCAUCAUACCUUGAGCGACUUCGAGAUACUUGACUAUAUAAUACUUCUCCCUUGGUAGCGCCUGAAUAGCAGCCAUGUCAACAAUAACCCCCGAUGCGCUUCAGUCAGGACAGCCGCCCGUCAUUCCCCUGUCCUUCAAUGGUAACCAACCCGAAAAGGUGACGCUCUACCCACUGUCGAACUACACGUUUGGAGUCAAGGAAACCCAGCCUGAAGAGGACCCAUCAGUCAUCGCUCGUCUCAAGAGACUCGAGGAACACUACACGGAACAUGGGAUGCGCCGCACUUGCGAAGGCAUUCUCGUCUGCCACGAGCACAACCACCCACAUAUUCUGAUGCUGCAAAUCGCCAAUGCCUUUUUCAAGCUCCCCGGAGACUACCUGCGCCCCGAAGACGAUGAGAUUCAAGGCUUCAAGUCGCGGCUGGACGAGAGACUGGCGCCUGUCGGCCGCUUGGGAGAGGGUGAGGAAGCUGGUGACUGGCAAGUGGGUGACUGCCUUGCUCAGUGGUGGAGGCCUAACUUCGAAACGUUCAUGUAUCCGUUUAUCCCGGCGCAUGUGACGAGGCCAAAAGAGUGCAAGAAGCUCUACUUUAUUCAGUUGCCCAAACAAAAGGUUCUAAGCGUUCCCAAGAACAUGAAGCUUCUGGCCGUUCCUCUAUUCGAACUCUACGACAACACUGCCCGAUACGGCCCACAGCUUUCUGCAAUUCCCCAUCUUCUCAGUCGAUACAACUUUGAGUUCGUGGACGAGAAUGGCAACGUCGUCGCUGCCACACCAGGGUCUGCCGCGCCAGAGGGCUAUGUUCCAUACACAAAAGUCUUGGCAGGCGCCGAUACGGACAUGAAGGAGGAGAAUGGAACAAGCUGAUCCCCCUACAGGACCGCGGAGACACGGCGAUGGUGUUCGGCGUUUUUGGUUGUUUGCUCGUAUAGGAAGGACGUGUAAAAGCUCGAGUCUAGGUUUUCUCUUUUCUUUCCCUUUUCUAUACAUCUAGGUCCCACUUUUCUGUGCAUCUCACUCAAGCCUUUUCCCCCUGGAUAGUUGCAACGACCCGUCUCUGGUGGCGAGCGGCACGGAACUCAAGGUACCAGAUUCCCUGCCAAGUUCCUGUAGCCUAGGUAUGGCGAUAUCAGUCACUUAUGGCCGAGUUAAAAAUUGGCUGGCACUUACAAGCUUUCCAUCCUUAAUGGGAAUAGUAACGCUCGCCCCAAUGAGUGCAGACUUGAUAUGGGCAGGCAUGUCGUCUGGGCCCUCGGCACUGGCAGCUGUCAAUGUCUCCUCUUGCGACUUAUACGCAAAGCACUCACUCAUGACGGUAUAGAGCCUCUCCCUUGGGUCCUUCAGCUGGCGCGAUUCUGUCAAGAGCAUCGCUCAUAUCCUCUCGAACAUCAGAGUCCCCUUAGUUUUCUCAUAUCAGCAUCAAGAGCUCUCCGGGCCCGUAUAAUUCAGCUUACAGUUCUCGUUCAAGCUCAAAGCACAACUCGUGUGUUGAACGAAAAGGUUCAAAAGGCCGACCUUGUAAUCCCGAAUUUCGGGAAGUGAAGACACAACCUGAUCAGUUAUGAGGUAUGAUCCCCGUGACUUAGCAGGAAGGGUGAAUUGCUUCUGAAAAAAGCUCAUGGUUGUUGCCGUCGAACGGUCUAUCACUGGAGGGGCAGUUGAGCGGGGUUGAGGGGAUCCUGAUAAUCCAACAAGGCUAAAAGGCAGUGUCCAGAGAUAGUGAAACAGACCAGGGAACAGAGAGAUUACAAGUAGUAAACAGAGAAGCACUGGUGUCGUUGCAGAGUUGAGACGUGAUGUUUGAAGCUGAGGCAUAGUUUAGAAUCGUGCUUGAAAGCAAACAACCGUCAUAGUGGGGCCGGAGUUGGACUCUAUGGGUCUCUUUCUAUCCGUUUGUUUCAAGCUCCUCUUUAGCCA